AUGUCAGCCCGCCAGCGAUCGAAGACGGGUGGGUCCACCUAUACCGCGUCUUAUGCCUUCUUUGAAGCGAUAUGGGAGGCCGGUAUUACGCACUGCUUUGUGAAUCUUGGCUCUGAUCAUCCAAGUAUCAUGGAAGCCAUGGCCAAGGGACGCCAGGAGCAGGGUGCACAUUUCCCCAGAAUCAUCACCUGCCCACACGAGAUGGUUGCCCUGUCCAUGGCGGAUGGGUACGCUAGAGUGACGAACAGACCUCAAUGCGUGAUCGUACACACGGACGUCGGGACGCAGAAUCUGGGUGCUGCUGUGCACAAUGCCUCCACUGGCCGUGCGCCGGUCCUCAUCUUCGCCGGACUGUCACCUUACACGACCCAUGGUGAGUAUCGAGGCUCACGUACCGAAUACAUUCACUGGAUUCAGGACAUCCCUGAUCAGAAGGCGAUUCUUGCACAAUACUGCCGCUACACUGGCGAGAUCAAGCGAGGCGCCAACAUCAAGCAGAUGGUGAACCGCGCUUUGACAUUCGCGCAAAGCGAGCCCAAGGGACCUGUGUAUCUGUAUGGUGCCCGUGAAGCAGUCGAGGAAGACAUCGAACCGUACUCCCUGAACCAGUCUCACUGGACCGCCGUGGAACCAGCGGCCCUUACUUCCGAGCAAGCAACCCGAAUCGCCCACUUUCUGGUCAAGGCCGAAAGACCGCUGGUCAUCACCGGCUACAGUGGAAGAAAACACUCCACAGUGGACAGUCUCCGUACGCUUGCAGAUGCUGUACCUGGACUUCGCGUUCUGGACACAGGGGGAUGCGACAUGAACUUCCCUGCUGACCACCCAGCCUGGCAAGGCUUUCGACUCGGCAGUCACAGCAGCAUCCGAGACGCCGAUGUCAUCCUCGUCCUGGACUGUGACGUGCCUUGGGUUCCGACGCAAUGUGCGCCCGACGAAAAUGCAACCAUCCUCCACAUCGACAGCGAUCCAUUGAAAAGUCUCAUGCCCGUCUUUUGGAUCGACGCAGUCGCACGAUUCAGAGUCGACAGUGGCGUUGCAUUGCGCCAGAUCAUUGACAACAUCGCCUUAACUCCCGAACUCGAAUUGAUGCUGCGCGGUCCAUGCUACAGCACACGCUGGACGGCACUCCAGAAGGCGCACGAGCAAAGACUUCAAGAAAUUUCAGCGGCCAUCCGCGUUGAGGAUGACGGCUCUUACAAUGCCGCAUUUCUCGCAAGCGCCGCUCGCAAGGCCUGUCCCAAAGAGACCAUCUGGGCCAUCGAGGCUGUCACGAAUGCUCAAAUCAUCGCAGACCAAAUCCAAGCCACUAUUCCAGGAAGCUGGAUCAAUUGCGGUGGUGGCGGGCUCGGAUGGUCCGGCGGUGGAGCGCUAGGCAUCAAGUUGGCCUCGGAGUUCGAGGAUGCUGGCAGCGGCAAGUUCGUCUGUCAAAUUGUCGGAGACGGCACAUAUAUGUUCAGCGUCCCGAGCACAGUUGCCUGGAUCUCGCAGCGCUAUGGCAUCCCGGUGCCGACCAUUGUGCUGAACAACAAAGGUUGGAACGCACCCCGCCAUUCAAUGGUCCUGGUCCACCCCGACGGCGUGGGAUCCAAGGUGACCAACCAAGAGCUCAACAUCUCAUUCGAAGCGACACCAGAUUAUUCAGGCAUAGCAAAGGCAGGCUCGGGCGGGAAGUGCUUCACCGGGAUAGCCAACACAGCGAGAGAGCUAGAGAAGAUACUGUCAGAAGCCGUCAAGACAGUCCAAGGGGGUGUCAGUGCUGUCAUUGAUGCCCGUAUCCCUGGUCUGGAAGCCAACUAUCGCCCCUCGAAGUAG